AUGAAGCUGAUCGAGUCUAACGACGUUGUCACUUUCCCAGAAGGUGUCACCUUCACCGUGAAGAACCGAAUUGUUCAUGUCACCGGACCUCGUGGAACCCUUCGUCGGGAUUUCCGUCAUCUUCACAUGGAGGUUUACAUGAUUAGUGCCGCCGCAGCGAGAGUAGCAAAAAAAAAAUUAAUUAAUUUUUUCAUAAUUUUGAGUUUAUUUAAUCAGAUUCAUUCCUCAAAAACGCAUUAAUAUAGCCUAUUCCGCGCCAGCUUGUCACGUUUUUUUCUUUCUGCCAAAAAGACCGUAUACCAAAUGAGAUCAAAUUUCUGCUUUUAUAACGGCAAGAAACAAAGGUCUUGAAGCGAAAGUUGGUUAAAUUUGACCUGGCCUUUUGGCGGAAAGAAAAACGUGACAAGCUAGUGAGGAAUGGCCUAUGUUUUUUAAAAUUUCGUUCUUAUAAAGAAGAGCUUUGCGGCAGAGAUAUGCAUAACUUUGCUUCUUGUGCGAUUCUUUGAGGUUGAAAGUGUAAAAUCAAAAUUAAAAUAGAAAUAUCGAAUCUUGAAAAAGCAUUUAUACCGUUUUCGAAGUAAUUUCCGCAAAAUGAGAAAUUGUCUGAAACUCCUAAAGUUAUUUAUCUUUUUAACUCUCUAGCCGUUAAUGUCAUUUUAGCGGAACCUUGUUUGAACACGACAAUACUCUAUAUCAUUUGCAUUCGUGCUGCUUGAAAUUUCAGGCAAAUAACUUCAUAUCCAUGCCAUGUUCAAAGUAAUUUCGGCGAUUUCGAAAUAGACGCGUUAUUCGUUUAAAAUGAAUUCAGGAAAUAGGCAGAAUUGCUAUUCCGAGAAUGCGCAGAAAAAAUGAGUCCUACAACGAUAUAUCGUUAAAUAUGCAUUUUUUACCGUAAGUUAUUCGUGGGAACUCAAAAUUUUGGAACUAUCGGGGCAAUGUCUACUGAAAUUUCAAAUUCGCGCGUAAAACUCACCGAAAAAAUGCGUAUCCAACGAUAUGUCGUUGUAGGACUCACCUUCCCAGAAAACAAAUUCCGCUUAUUUCCCGAAAUCAUUUUAAACCAAAAACGCGUCUAUUUUGAAAUCGCCGAAAUUACUUUGAACACGGCAAUAGGAAAUAAGAAAUACAUCUUGAUAGAAUCAAAAAAUUUCAUCAGAGAGCGAAUAAUAAGUAAAUAAAUGUACGUAAUCAAAUUCGUAAAAGGAAUUAGUACGUCUAAUCUUAGGGGGAAAAGAUUUGUUUAAUUUAGCUUCGACUCCUGAUUAAAAGUAUGUUUAAUUUUCAAAUGAGUUUAUUAUAGAUGGAGCGAAUUGGUAAAGACCAAUUGCGUGUCAGGAAAUGGUUUGGAGUUCGCAAAGAGCUUGCUGCUAUCCGUACCGUCUGCUCUCACAUCAUUAACAUGAUCAAGGGGGUCACCAAGGGAUUCCGUUACAAGAUGCGUUCCGUUUAUGCUCACUUCCCCAUCAACGUGACUCUUCAAGACGGAAACAGAACUGUGGAGGUAAAAUUUUUCAGCUGAGAAUAAAAAAACAAGAAAACAACACAGAUUCGCAACUUCUUGGGAGAAAAGAUUGUUCGUCGUGUACCCCUUCCCGAAGGCGUCAUCGCUACCAUUUCUACUGCCCAGAAAGACGAAAUCAUCGUUGAAGGAAGCGACAUCCAGGCCGUCUCUCAAGCAGGUAUAUUUUUCAAUUAAUUUAUCCUACCAAUCUAAAUUAAAUUUUGUAGCACAUCUAUUUUUACAAUUUAAAUAUCAAUUUUGUUGAUUAAAUCUUCUUAAUACUAAUUUAUUAGUUCAAAAAGCUAGAAAUUUUCAUAACUAGGAGGACAGACAUGUAUUUGUAAGAACUGCUUAGCCUGUGUGCCACGACUUGAAAUUUCACCGAACGACAUUUCGCUGUUAUAGUCUGUUCAGAUUUUGAAUGUCAACCAGCUAACUCCGCCCCUGCUGAGACGGUACCUUUUCGCGUCGAUGUUUUAUCGCGCGGGACUAAUUUUGAUCUUUUUUGAUCUAAAAGAUAGAAAAAGAAGUCAAAAAUGCAGCAUUAUUAAAGGUUCAUCGUCAUCUGGAUAUAAAACAUUGACGCGAAGGAUAUUGUAGCCUUGGGGGUGGAGUUAGCUGCUUGACAUUCAAAAUCUGAACAGACUAUACUCUGAGUGCGUUCGCGAAACGUCUUUCGAAUAUAGUGCACGCUUUCAAUUUUUUUUUUUUUCUGUAGUGACACAGGGAAGUAGAGAACCUUGAUGAAAAAAAAAAAAUUAAAAGCGCGACCAAGGUUCGCAAAGGCGCACAGCGGAAUGUCGUUUGGUGAAAUUCCAAUUCGCGGUACAAAGGCUAUUGAGGGAAAAACUUUUUUCAAUAUUGAGCGAUCUUGGGUAAUCUAGCAUCAGUUGAGCGUUAAUUUUUUCGAAGUUUCAAAUUGUUGCACUUACAUCUUUUUUUUUUACAAUUUUUUUCCGAAGUUCCCAUUUUUCACAUGAAAUAUUUUGAAGUAUCUGUAUCAGCACAUAGCUGCAGCUAGCUGUGUUUGGUAUUGAACACUCUCCUUAAUCACGCACUUUUGUUUAAGUAUACACAGCAUUUAAAAAAAAAAUCACAUGGUUGUGACUGGAAACGUUUAUUCUUCAAAAAAAUGUUUUGCUUCAAUGAGUUUUCUGCGCGUUUUCAAUAUGAAAUUCAGAAUCUAUGUGUAAAAUAAGGUAUUAGCCAACCCUCUUUUACCCAAUUAAGAUUACUACGCGUGCACAAUUGAAAUAGCAAAAAACGAAGUACUGUGCAAAAAAAGCUAGCCCGAAGUGGGCGGACCAUGUAUAAUAACGUGUUCAUCGGCGCGCCAGAGUUGCUCCAAAACUAAUUUUUGUUUUGGAGAAAUUUUUUUGCGUUUCGAAGCAAUGCUCGUUUUGUCCGAUGAACACGCAUAAGGAUCUUUUCAUUUACUUUUCCAAAACGGAUCAAUUCAAAAAUAACUCGAAAUUGGAAGUUUCGCGCUUAUAACGUGAAGGUUCUGCAACUGGCAGCUAAGAAAUGAGCAAAUUUUUUAUUUUUACAGCUGCACGUAUCCAGCAAUCUACUUCCGUUAAGGAGAAGGAUAUCCGAAAAUUCCUUGAUGGAAUCUACGUUUCUGAGAAGACCACCAUUGUUCAAGAAUAA